CCCGACCUGGUGGUCAUGACGGCCGGCCUGUGGUACGCCAAGCCACCCGGGCACAUGGGCGAUCCGCUGCGGGAGCGGGUCAUGAAGUUUCGGAUGGAGUGGUUGGAGCUGAUGCCCACCUUGCAGACAUUGGCAGCUCACACCCAGAUCGUGUACAAGCUGGACGGGCCGGAGUUUCUGGAGGGUAGAGGAAGAAGAUCUAAGAUUGGCCCUGUCAUUUUGGCUUUAAAUGCACUGGGUCUUGAAUUUCUAAGUCAGGUGCGGGGCGUUCGGCCGUGGACGUCCUCGCUGGCCGACACGCUGCGCGUGCAGCACUCGGUGUGCCUGCCGCUGGCCGCCAACCACACCGCGAUGCCGGCGCCACUGAAGAUGGAGUGCCUGGACGAGAACCAUGCGGGGCCGACGGUGCGGGCGGCGGCUGUCGGCACGCUGAUGAACUUCGUCUGUGGCAGCACCUACCCGCGGCCGCCUGCCCACUGUUGCUCCUCGGCACCCCGCGCAUGACCGUUUGGUUGUCUAGUUGUUUGGUUGGUGGCUUGGUGGUUUGGUUGUUUGGUUGUUUGGUUGUUUGGAUCAGAACCCUUUCGACCAGAAAUGACCGCUUCAGGGCGAUGGGGUGAAGGAGAAUGGAUUAUGGCGAGGCAGAACUACAUGCGCCUGAGGUCAACCGCUGAGCCUUAGCCGCGCGGGGACCCCUCUGCGGGGUGUGCGCUGGGCGCCCGGUCGGGGUCCCCAUCCAGGGGGCGUCUCGGCGCAUUCGUGACUGACACAUGCAGCCUGUGCCGGACACGUGAGGCGUCGCGAGGAUUUAGGAUGAAAAUACGAAGGAGGAUAAGAGGGUCGAAUG